AUGGCGGAAAUCUUCUUGGAAAACGAAAACAGAAUCCACGAUCCGGCAAACUUAGAUGAUGAUAAACAGCCAACUGGGAGAGAAUUUGAAGGUGCUACGUUACAGAUAGGUCGUGAAGAGGAUGUAGAACGGGGUAUCCCUGAUAUAUAUGUCGCCCAGCCGAGUUUAUCGCGGGACAGACCGGGCAGCGUCCUCGGGAGAACCAGUGUCAGGUCGACCGGUAGCAGGACUUCUGUGAAACCGGGGCUGGUGAAAUCUGAUGUCUCCUCGCAGUCUUUUUAUUCUUAUAAGGACGGCCAUUUGCAGAAGGCGGUCAGCAAUGUCAGAAACAUCAUUAAACCAGAGCUCGAUGGAGACCUGAAGUCGUACUGGUUGUUAACAGAGAUCGACCACUGGGAUUUAGAACGAGAACGGAUUGUGCUGUUGACGGAUUAUUCCUUGUUCAUUGUCAAGUACAACUUCAUCACUGAACAACUGCUUGAUUAUCGUCGUAUUAUGCUGCACGUAAUCCACAACAUAUGCAUCGGGGACUUGACGUAUCCAAACUCUUCACUUAUGCCAGACCGCAAGCACGGAGGGGUUCGGAUCUACUGGGACAGGGGAGAUCAGCUAUCCUUUGGCCAGAAAUGGAACCCUUGGUGCUCGGAUAUACCCUGGGUGACCCUGUCACACCAUCCUCUUCUGUACAACCCAAAGGAAAAUGAGACUACGACGUUCAAUGUUGAUGACUUCUUCGACGCCCUUGUUGCAGCAACUAGCAAGGUUUUUGCUGCUAAAAGACCUGGAGAGACCUUGAAAGUGAUCGAGGGACCAAUCACGAUUGAAAGCUAUGCCAGCUUGAUUGCACUGAUUUACAACAAGAGCGAGGUCGGCUACUUUCGAGACCGGAGUUGGUUCAGUUUGUGA